GCCAUUAAUCGCUGCAUUUGGCAGAGCAAAUGAUAAGGUUUGCGUGGAUGUCAAAGGCGAGCGUUCCUCGCAUUUUCCCUCCACGAGCUGGCAGCUCGUUGCCGGGACGAGACAAACGCGAGAUCCCCAUUCUUUGCUACUCCCGUCCACACGCCAACUCCUAUUCGAGGUUGGCAAGGGGAAAACACCGCCUUGCCCAUACACCCAGCCAGGAUCCGCCACGCACCAUCGCUGCCUGUUUCUCCUUGUCUCAGUCCCUAGCUACCACUACCGCAGCGUGCGCAGCCAUGGACGCGGCCACCUCGACGACGCUGCUCUACGGGGCGCUGCUCGUGGCCGCCUUCCUCUACGUUGCCACCCUCCGGCGUGGCCGCGGCAGGGGCGAAGGCGGCCUGCCGCCGGGCCCGAGGGGCCUGCCGCUCUUGGGCAGCCUCCUGUCCCUCGACCCGGACCUGCACACCUACUUCGCCGGCCUCGCCAACAAGUACGGCCCCAUCUUCUCCAUCCGACUCGGCUCCAAGCUGGGAAUUGUCAUCACCUCCCCGGCGCUGGCCCGCGAGGUGCUGCGCGACAACGACCUCGUCUUCUCCAACCGGGACAUCCCGGACGCCGCGCGCUCCAUCUCCUACGGCGGCGGUCAGAACAUCGUCUGGAACCCCGUCGGCCCCACCUGGCGCCUGCUCCGCCGCGUCUGCGUCCGCGAGAUGCUCAGCCCCGCUGGCUUGCAGAAUGUGCACGGCCUCCGCCGCCGCGAGUUCAGGGCCACGCUUGCGCACCUGCACUCCAUGGCCAGCGCCGGCAAGCCGGUUGACGUCGGCGCGCAGAUGUUCCUCACUACCAUGAACGUCAUCACUGGCACGCUGUGGGGCGGCAACAUAGGGACCGAGAGCGAGCGGACGGCGGUGGGCAAGGAGUUCCGGGAGCUUGUUGCGGAGAUCACAGAGAUGCUAGGCGCGCCUAACGUGUCAGACUUCUUCCCUGCGCUGGCGCCGUUCGACCUGCAGGGAAUCCGGAAGAAGUCGGACGCGCUCAAGGAGCGGUUCGACAACAUCUUUGGCAGAAUCAUAGAGAAGAGGGUCGAGACCGACCAGGCCGGGGGCGACACGGCAGAAGACUUCCUCGAAUACAUGCUCAAGAUGGAGAAGGAAGGUGGCGACGGGAAAACAGCCUUCACCAUGACCAACGUGAAGGCCCUUCUCAUGGAUAUGGUGGUCGGGGGGACAGAGACGACGUCGAACACGGUGGAAUGGGCCAUGGCGGAGAUGCUACAAAACCUGCGGAUACUGCGGAAGGUGCAGGAGGAACUCGACGAGGUGGUUGGGAUCGACGGCGUGGUGGAGGAAUCGCAUCUCCCGCAGCUGCACUAUCUGCAUCUGGUGGUCAAGGAGACGCUCCGGCUGCAUCCGGCGCUGCCGCUCAUGGUGCCGCACUGCCCCAACGAAGACACGACCGUCGGCGGCCACCGCGUCCCGGCGGGCAGCCGCGUGUUCGUGAACGCAUGGGCGAUCAUGAGGGACCCCGCGGCAUGGAAGGAUCCGGCGAAGUUCAUCCCGGAGAGGUUCGCUUCUCAGGCCAGCGAUGGCGACGGCGGGCGGAAGGUGGACUUCACCGGCAGCGAGCUGGACUACGUGCCGUUCGGGUCCGGCAGGAGGAUCUGCGCGGGCAUCGCCAUGGCCGAGAGGAUGACGGCAUACUCGCUGGCCAUGCUGCUGCAGGCCUUCGACUGGGAGCUGCCGGAGGGAACGGCGCUGGACCUGACGGAGAAGUUCGGCAUCGUCAUGAAGAAGGCCACGCCGCUGGUCGCCGUUCCCACGCCGAGGCUUUCCAGACCCGAGCUCUAUUCCACAUAGAUAGCUGGUCCUACUCCAUGACCAUGAGUCCGUGCUCGAUUCCGUUAAUGGAGUCGGUGCUCUAUGUCAUAAUGGCACCAUGCAACACAUUUCCCCUCUCGUGCUGUUGGUGCUCCAAACAAAAGUUUGCUUUUCUACAGUUGCAAUUGUGUGUUUCUUAGUCAGGUUGUAAUGAAUAAUAUCAUAUGUUAAUAUCAAAAGAAUAGUUUAUUUA